AUGAAUAAGAAAACUUCAUUUAUUUAUAUUUAUAUUGAAAAUUCCAAAAAUGAGAGACAGAGAAGAGUGCACACUGGCAUACAAGGAAAGGUUGCCUUGGUAACUGGAUCGAGUGAUAAAGAAGGCAUAGGUAUAUCUAUUGCCAGAAGUCUUGCACAGCGUGGAUGCAGUAUAGUGUUACAUGGCAGCAGAAGCGGUGACAAAGUUGAAGAUAUACGGGAGGACUUACAAAGUCAAUACGAAGUACCUGUUCAUUAUUUUCGUGCUGACUUUGGUAACCUAAAAGAAGUGUUGGUUCUUUUCCACAACAUUAAACAUCUGUACUCUGGUGGCAUUGACAUCCUUGUAAAUAACGCCGCAAUCUUAGUCACUGCACCAGUGGAAAAUUAUGGAAUUGACAGAUGGGAGAAACAAUUACGUGUUAAUUUGACAUCAGCUUUUUAUUUGACAAGUUUAACAUUGGCAAACAUGAAACAGAAAGGAUGGGGAAGAAUUAUCAAUAACAGUUCUAUUUGGGGUGAAAGAGGAUGCCCUAAUGUGAGUGGUAUGAUUGCAUACAAGCAUGGCAUUAACGGUUUAACCAAGACAGUGGCCUUAGAAACAUCUGGCACAGGGGUUACAUGCAACGCCAUCUGCCCUGCUAUAGUGAAGACCGCAAGUUUGGAGAGAUUUGUCAAAGCCGCAUCAGAUGAAACAGGAAUACCAUUAAAAAAAAUAAAGAGAAAUUUCGUGAACCAAAAUAAUCCAUCUGGUGAACUAUUGGACCCUGAUAAGAUUGGCGAGGUCGCCGCAUUUCUCUGUUCCACCUCUGCUGAUGAAAUAACGGGCGCCCUCAUUCAUGUGGACUGGGGAGCAUCAGCACAAUAG